CCCGCUCGCUACCCGCUCGGUUCAAGUCGCCGUCCACCAUCUCGCAACACUUUGAAGGGGUGCUACGUAUGCCGUGACUUCUUGCGUCGUGAACAGAGCACGGUGAAGUGAGGAGGCGAACUUGUGAUGGCCAGUAGAGAUGAAGACAGUGGACAUCAUCUGGUCAUGGCCACUUCCAGUGAGCCAUCUGAAAGUCACAUGGAACUUCCAAUGAGGUAUCUGAAUUUCGCGUUGCUACUUCUGGUGAGUCAUCUGAAGGUCACAUGGCCGCUUCCGGAGAGCAGUCUGAAAGUCACAUGGACAUGUUAGCUUUGAGAGGUGACUUGCCAGUUCCUGAUAUUGACAUAUCGGGUUCAGAUGAGGAAUACCUUACAGCAGAGGAUGACUCUGGUAGCAGCGGAGUCAGUUCAGACGAAGAACAUGAAGGUCUCUUGGUACCCGCAUGGGUUCAGCUGAGCAUUGGGACGUUCUUGAGCUGGAGAGCCAAGCAAUCACACUUAGUACAGGUGAACAGCGUUCAGGGAACGCCCAAGCUGCCAACAUGAUCAACAUCGUCACUGGAGGGGCAGGACAAGGAACACUGGGGAGAGAUACCCUUGAUUUGCGCACAGAUGAAGCAAGGAAGAUUUUUGCUCCAACUGAAGCCUACAGAAAAGUCAAACAGAAAUUGAAGGAAUUUGGUCAUGUGACUAUCUGUGGUGCUUCAGGAGAGGGCAAGACAACAAUGGCUCUGGUGCUGGGUUCACAGUAUAGACAAAAGGGGUACGAAGUCGUGUUUGUGGACAGCCUUAAGAAGUUUGACUUUGACCGAUGUCUAAGUACUAACUCAAGAGUAUUUCUGAUUGUAGACGAUUUGUUUGGUACAGUUGGAGUUUCUGCUAAUACUUCACAGGUUAAAAACUUUUUUAGAACAAAAGCAGAGAGCAGAAGAGAAACGGUCAGAAUUGAGGGAAAACUGUGA